AUGUUUUCCUCGACUGAACUGGAGGGUUUAGAAGAAUAUGAGCCGCAAACAUCGAGCCCGUGGAGAAAGAUUCACACGUCCAUGUACCAAAGAUCAGUUAGGCCGUUAGGCAUGUCGGAGGAGCUCGAAAGCUACCUCGGAGACUACUUGGGCUACGGAAGCACGGAAAUCAGGGCUUUCUUCGAAGAACACAAAAACGAGGCUGGGGCUGUGGACCUCGCUGGCCUCAAGAAAGGCUUUGCAAGCUUGAACCCUUACCUCAUCUCCAAGCGCAAAGACUGCACCAUCUGGCGGAAGAGGGGAUCUAUCUCCGCCCCCGGAAGCCAGAUGAAUCUCGAGGACCUCGUGGACUGCGAAGUCUUUGUUUGCGACCGCACGGAGCAGGCCUUCGUGGAUGAGUGCUCUGGGUGUGCUGUCCUCAUUGGUUGCUGCAGCGGGCCCACGUUCGUUCGCGAUUGCAAAGGCUGCACCUUUUGGGUCGCAACGAGGCAGCUUCGCACUCGUGAUUGCAUAGACUGCAAGUUCUUCUUGCACAGUCACACCGAGCCCAUCAUCGAAAGCUCCAAGGAUCUCGCAUUUGCUCCCUUCGCCGCAUCCUACCCAGGCGUGGCCGAGCAUUUUCAAGAGGCCAAGAUGGACGCAGGUCCAAACCGCUUCCUCGCUAUCAUCAGGCUGAGGAAUUUUGAGUGUUGGCCACCUUCCUUGGCCUGGAAAUGGCGCCGGCUGUGGCCCUGGAGCCCUGGACUCAAUGUUGAAGAGAUGCCACCAGCCAAGCACGAGACCAAGCCGGGAGCUGAACAGCAGGGGAAGGGCAUCGCCGUAAUAUCUUUUGGCAAGGAGCCCGUGAACAGUAUGGGCAUGCAGUUCUGGAAGGACUUAUCGACUACCUUCGAGGACGUCCCCGCAGCAUGCUGUUUGGGUAUCCCAUUCUCCGUCGACCUGCGCAUUGGGGAGUAA